CGUAGGUGUUACCUUCCGCCCAAGGAGGCGCAUGCGUAGAAGGGAGUGAGUUCCAUUUCCUCCGUUGGGCUGCCUCUUGUGUUUGUGAGGGGGAGGCGGCGAUAGGAUCAGCGGCCAUGAACGGGUUCGGCCCUGGGGUGGCCCCGCUCCGGAGUACCAGCGAGACCCUAGAGAAGAUCGACAUGUCCCUGGAUGAUAUCAUUAAGCUGAAUAAGAAAGAAGAGAGGAAGCAGUAUUCCCCCAGGGUGAAGAGGGGGGUUCAACUGAAUGGCACACGGCAGUUCAAGAUGAGGAGGACCAAAUGGGGAAUCCAGGAGUACGCAGGUUUUGGCAAGACCCGUCUGGGACGCAGGAAGCGGGUGGCUGGAAAGAGGCAGCCCUAUGGUGUGAAAACGGGGUUGGCAGCAAGGAAAGCGUUAAGGGCUCCCCAAGGCAUCAGCCCCCUCAACAGACCCCCUCUCAGCGAAAAGAACGUACAGCGGAACUACUCAGUUUUGAAAAGGAAGACGACUACCCAGAGGCAGUCCGAGUUACAGCGGAAGCAAGGAGCUGUUAUCAGGAGUCCAACCCUUAUGCUGAACAGAAGAACGAAUAUGCAAUCCCCUUCUGCCAGAAUUGGAAAUAAACUAUACCAGCAGAAAGAUACACGCCAAGCAACUUUCCUUUUCAGGAGGGGCCUGAAGGUGAAGGCUCAAGUACAUCCAGAAGAUGACCUGAGUGGCCAAGGCACAACAAGAGCUCAUCCAUGGCGAACAUCCACUACAAAUGGAGGCAUCUUGACUGUAUCUAUCGACAAUCCCGGCGCAGUGCCAUCCCCAAUUUCUUUGAAGCCAAGGCUAACCAGCACUCCGAUGCCUCCCUUUCUCAUGAAGAGCGGACAAUCAGAAGAGAAGAAGAUUCCUAAAGGUGUUCCACUGCAGUUCGAUAUUAACAGUGUUGGAAAGCAGACAAACAUGACCCUCAAUGAGCGCUUUGGGAUUCUGAAGGAACAAAGAACAGCCCUCUCUCAGAACAAAGGCAGCCGCUUUGUGACUGUGGGCUAGGGGCUGUGCGAGAGACCCCCAUGUGAGGGGGUGGGUGGGUCCAUCUCUCGAAGGAACUGAACUAACUUUGGGCAGAAAAGUAUGGAUAUGUUGAACUUUGUGUCAAGAUGCUGAUGAAGCUGAAUCUUUUUUUUUAGAAAAAUACUGUUUUUACUUUUGAAUAGUUAAAAGAAACAAAACCUGGCAUGGUCCUGGACCAUUAACAAAGAGAAAAUUCAGUGUGCUUGGUUAGAUGGUGGUGUCAUGUUACUCGGAUGGAAACUUAUUCCAUGUAGCCCCAGCAAGGGGUGGGGGAGGGUGUACUAUUUUGGUUCCUUAAGCAGCCAGUGGAUGUUGGUGGUCACUCUUUGUUCCACCCACCACUGCGAAACUGAAUGUGGCAUCACUUCAUUUCUGCCCCUUCCUGUCAAUGUUUGCUUUCAUGUUUAGCAUACAAUUUGAGGCAAAGGGAACUUCCCUGCCUUUGGCUGCUCAAAGGUCUGAUCCACUGAAGGUCUGGAGUUCAUCUGACAUUGGAAGCCACAGGUUUUUUGGAAGCCGAAGAGGCCAAAUAAAAAUCCAGCGUUUUGUACCCAAUAAGGGUGGCAAUUAAGCUAUUGUCACUUGCAAGACUGACAGCAAUGAGGAACAAGACCUCACUGUGGGAAGUAGUGCAAAUCUGGUCCAUAGGUUUGACAGCUAGAACAUGACGGUCUCUGUGGAGUGGAACAUUUAAACCAACUCGUUGAGGUGUUUUUCCUUCUUUAAAAGCUGACAGUUUGCUUUAAAUCCUUGUUUGUUGAAUCUAUGGUUUGAUGACUAUUUAAAGCUACCAGAUACAUUUAUGUUAGUGAUAGUUCUGUUGUGUUGUAGAAAUGUGCACUUUGACUCCUAUACGUAGUGAUAGUUUCAACAGGGAAGCAUCAUGGUGAUCAGGGGACCUUCCUGUUGUAUCAAGAGAUUCGAAGCAGUGGAGUCCACAUAUCAAAACACACACUUCAUGUGUGUUGGGAUCAGGGCUGCACAACUUUGGCCAUCCAGCUGUUGUUGGACUACAGCUCCCAUCAUCUCCAGCCACAGUGGCCAGUAGUCAAGGAUGGUGGGAACUGUAGUCCAACAUCUUCAGGAGGGCCAGAGUUUGCAGCCCUGGUUUGGCUUCUUUAAUUCAGAACAUACAUAAUCAUUUUCAAGAUGAGUACAAAGUUGGACAGUCCUCAGUCACACAAUCGGAACUCAAUUGAGGUUAGUCACUUUCAGAACAUUAUAUGAGCAGUUCAAUUACCUGUGUGGACAUCUCUGGCUUCCUAGUCUAAAAAUAUUUAGAGUGGUGCAUUUUAGGCACAGCUAGAUAAAAGGAUACCAUUUGAGUCUCUCUGUCUACGGAAACCUGUUAUGUUUAACACCCUCUCUGUUUUUCCUUUGAAAUUCCCAAAUAACUAGUUUUAUUCUGGGGGUUCAAAACAAAGAUUUCGUUGACAGUAGCAGAGAUUCCUUAGAGCAGUUUUAAGAUAGUCAUGCAUCCAUUAUGAUUAAUGUUCAAUUUCUUCUGUUUUUAAUUCUUUGAAAUUCCUUCUGAACCUUUGCAAUGAAAAAUGUUUGGAAUAUAAACAAUUUUUAUUAUUUGUUAGUAGGAAUUCUGUUGAAGAAGUCUCUGUUAGAGCUGAAGUAGACUGUAAGCUGAUGAUCAUCCUGUGUUUGGUUCUGCCAGGAUGCAAUUUAAAAAAAACAAAACUUUUGCAUCAGGAUGGAUGCAAAACAUUGAUGCAAUGCAUCUCAAGAGAGCUAGUUUGUAUUUAAGGAGAAUAUGCUUUAAAUUGUACCAUUUGGUAUUUUUUUUGGAGAAGUUAAUACAUUUGGAUCUAUUCUAAAGCCGUUGGACUUUUUAAAAAUAAAAAUGUUACAACUUU